AUGGCUUACAAUCUAGUGAACAUCGCCAAAUCUACCUCAUCCUUGACGGGAAAUCUUGCCAAAACCGCCCUGCGCAGCAUCAGCACCACGAACACCGUGUACGAACCGCGCCGGUUGCCGGAUAAAACGGGCAAAAAUGUGGUUCUGGUCGAUGGUGUCCGCACGCCUUUCCUUACAUCCGGAUCGGACUACUCGAAACUGAUGCCUCACGAACUGGCUCGCCAUUCGCUCCUGAGCCUGCUCCGUAAAACUAAGGUAGACAAAGAAGUGAUCGACUACAUCGUGUACGGUACGGUAAUCCAGGAGGUGAAAACAUCCAACAUUGCACGUGAAGCGGCACUCAGUGCUGGGUUCAGCAACAAAACCCCGGCACACACCGUAACGAUGGCGUGCAUCAGCUCCAACCAAGCGAUCACGACCGGCAUGGGACUGAUUGCGACCGGUACGUACGAUGCCAUCGUAGCCGGCGGAGUCGAAUUCAUGUCCGACGUCCCAAUUCGCCACAGUCGCAAGAUGCGCUCGUUGAUGCUGCGUGCCAACAAAGCAAAAACGAUGGGCCAACGACUGCAACUGCUGUCCACCAUUCGUCCGGACUUUUUCGCUCCGGAACUACCAGCCGUGGCAGAGUUUUCAUCGGGUGAAACGAUGGGCCAUUCGGCGGAUCGGUUGGCGGCGGCAUUCAAUGCUUCUCGCCAGGAGCAGGACGAUUAUGCGCUGCGUUCGCACACCCUUGCCAAGGAAGCGCAGGAUAAGGGCUACUUCACCGAUUUGGUACCGUUUAAGGUGUCGGGCGUGGACAAAACGAUCGAGAAAGACAAUGGUAUUCGUGUGUCGACGAAGGAAUCAUUGGCCAAGUUGAAGCCGGCCUUCGUGAAGCCUUACGGCACGGUGACGGCUGCCAACGCAUCCUUCCUUACCGACGGUGCGUCGGCCUGCCUGGUAAUGACGGAGGAGAAAGCAAAAGCGCUCGGUUUACGCCCGAAAGCGUACCUUCGGGACUUUUUGUACGUGUCGCAAGAUCCGAUCGAUCAACUGUUGCUUGGUCCGGCAUACGGUAUACCGAAACUGCUGAAGAAAGCUGGCCUCACCCUAAAAGACAUUGAUACGUGGGAAAUUCAUGAAGCUUUUGCUGGACAAAUCAUCGCCAAUCUGAAAGCACUCGAUUCCGAUUAUUUCUGCAAGAACUAUCUGGGACUGAACGAAAAGUUCGGUUCACCCGACAUGUCCAAGUGGAACAACUGGGGAGGAUCACUCUCGAUCGGUCAUCCAUUCGCGGCCACCGGUGUUCGUUUGUGCAUGCAUACGGCAAACCGUCUGGUGCGCGAGAAUGGUCAACUCGGCCUUAUUGCGGCUUGUGCUGCCGGUGGACAGGGUGUUGCCAUGCUGCUCGAGCGACACCCGGACGCUAAUGCCGAGUAA